AUUGACGAUAUUUUUGUAACAAAUUGUUGGUGGUGAAUGAGCCGUAUGGAUUUUCAAUGGAAUUCGAGCAACUUGUCUUUUGUCUCAAUGUUUGUGAACUUGAUACCUUCAGGACGCUUCCGGAAGACUUGCCAGAAAAUUUCGUAUUUUGGAAAAAACUGUAGAAAUAAUGUUUGUUUUAUAUACAGUCGUCGUUUUUGUGUCAGCUGCUCUAGUGCAGCAAGUGCAAAGGAAUCCGCCAGUAGUGAGCAACCUUCCUCGUCUAGUUGCUUUGGAAAGGGGAAACUCGUGAACGUUACAAGGGUUUCACUGACAGACUUUGAGAAACUGGGAAUUCAGGUAGACCGAAGUUGGAGAUUUUUACUGCCCAGUAGAAAGAACGAGAGUGUUCUUUCGACUGUUAUAGCCUCUAUGACGUUUAUUUUAAUUGGACAACCGAUUGUCGGUGUAGAUUCUACUCUAACUUGGUUAGUUAUUGGAAUUGUUCUUGGAAUCUGGGGCCUGGACAAUAUUAGUUUGAACGGUACUGUAACAAACUUUUGCUCCGGAAUUUUUCAAAAUAAGCAGAGAGUAGCCGUGCAUGAGGCCGGUCAUUUUCUUACUGCGUACCUGUUGGGUGUAAAGAUUCAAAGUUACUCUAUUGAUGUCUGGACAGCAUUGAAACAAGGACGAGCUUCUUCAGGCGUAUUGUUCAACCAAGAAGACGUUUUGAAACUUUUAAAAUACAACCGUUCCUACGUUGUGUUGAUAUGGCUGGCAGGAAUUGCUGCAGAAGUUCUUGUUUUUGGACUGGCAGAAGGAGGUUCAAGGGACAUAGACCAGAUAAAGCUUCUUAUGAAGCCUGAUGAAGUACAAGACUUUGACCAGUUUGUAAAACGAGUUAUUUAUCAAGCAAUGGAGUGCAUUCGUCGCCAUUCGAAAACUUUUGAAAGUCUUCAGAAAGCAAUGUUGAGAAACGAUUCUGUUGAAAAAUGCUUUAUGGAAAUUGAACGGAACACGCGUUUAGAUUCCACUCGUUUGGACAUGAUGAUUCCCGGACGUGACCAAUUACUUUUUUAUUUUCUUUUUUGCACAUUUUUGUUGGUGGUUUCAAGCAUGCCUGGAAACAGCAACUAUGCGGUGAAAGAAAGUGUUGCUCUGGACAACGAUAGUGUUCAAAAAUACUAUGACAACACAGAUACUGAUGAAUUCUAUUUUCGCAUAUGGGGAGGAGAAGAUCUACACUUGGCGUUCUAUGAUAAACCAUUGGAAGAACAAAAUAUUCGGGAGACUAGUACAAAAGCUGUUCAUUGGUUAUCCAGACUACUUUAUAAUAAAGGUGCCCUUCAACAGGGAGCCGUUGGAGUUGAUCUAGGUGCAGGUUACGGAGGUUCUGCUAGAUUCCUAUGUUCGACAUAUGGAGUGCAUAUUGACUGUGUUAAUAUCAGCGAGUGGCAAAAUAGAAGAAAUGUGGAAAUCACUGAAGCAGCAGGAUUAUCAGGUUUGUUGAAAGUACAUUUAGGUUCUUUCACAGAUUUGCCUUGCGAGUCUAAUUCGUACAAUUUUGCCUGGUGUGAAGAAGCGUUGAUUCACUCGCCUGAUAAACUGAAAGUAUUUCAAGAAGCUCAUCGUGUUUUGAAAAAAGGCGGCUUUUUCCUUUUAACUGAUCCUUUGCAGAAGGAAAUUUCACAUGAAGAACUUGUUCCUAUCUUAGAAAGAGCACAUUUAGUGGAUAUGGGCUCCAGAGAACGCUAUCGAGAGUAUGCAAAGAGAUGUGGUUUUGAGUUGUUGGAGGAAAUUGACUGCCCGCAAGCACUUGUAGAUACAUAUGGUCGUGUCAAAAUGGAAUUGGAAAGACAAGGUAAACAACUGGCUGAGGAGGGCUUGUGUUCAGUUGCCUUCCAAGAAAAGAUGAAGGCAGGCUUGCAAAGAUGGGUCGAUGCUGGUCAACAAGGCAAGUUGACGUGGACUGUAUUCUUAUUUCAGAAGAAAUGACUAUACCUAUGAAUGGAACCCUUCAUUGGAAGUCCAAUAUGGGUAGUUGUCCUUCUGAUAUUGUAUGAAGUUUGUUAUGUAUUCUAGUUUCCAUGGUGAUCUAUUUCUCUAGGUUAUUUUGUUCUAGAAAAUGGUCGUCAUUUAUAAAAGUCACUAGAAUAGUGACCCCUUCCAUUUGCAACAUUUGCUCAAA